AUGGGCAGCAGGAGCGUUUUGGAGGCUAACAUAUUCAACCCUGGGUCUUGGCUGCAGCGGCAGCAGGAGGCGCUUGCUGCUGCAGCUGUGAAAGGCAGUAAGGAUGAACUUAUUCUGCCGCACCAAUAUCUGGGGAACAAGGCUUGUACUGCGAUUUCCAUACACCUCUACAGUUUCAGAGGCCUACGCACCCUGGACCUUUCGGCGAACAAUAUCUCUUCUGAGGGGCUCUCUCAACUACUGCCCGCCGUCCGUGGGCUGCAGCACCUUCAGCGGCUUUCGCUAGACUGGAACCCAAUCACCACGGGCUUCAAACGAAAUCUACCUUUUCAUUUGCCAGCUCUUGCAGGUGAAAAUUUACUUCCCUCCUUUCGGUGCUUAUGCGACACUGCUUGCUGCCUAAAGGCCUUGGAGCUGCUCUCCCUCGCGCACUGCCAGCUGGGGCCAGAUACGGUUGAUGACCUCAUUAGCGUCGUCGAAAAAAAUGGCAAGCAACUGAGGAAGCUGAACUUAAGGAACAACUUUUUGGGCGAAGAAUGUACUGCGCGGCUGGCCACUGCCCUCAAAGCCAACAAACAUCUCACUGAUCUUGACAUCACCGGAAAUGGCGCGAGGCCCUCAAGUCUACGUCAGAUAGCUAAUCGCUGCAGGGAUAACAGAGCACUGUUGCAACAACUACCACACGAGGAGCACACUCUGCAGGACAGUCAUCAGAAUGAACAACACAGGCAAAAGCAACAUGUACAGGACUGCGCAUCCAAGGUUGAGGCUGAACUCAAGACCACUGAGCAACGCAUCUGCAAGCUCCAAAGUGCCAUAGUCAAAUGUCAGUUGGGUGCUCUAGUUGCUGCUAGGUUACACGUAGAGCACACGAUAUCGCCCGCCGGCAUAAGAUCUAUGGUUGCAGCUAACUUUAUGCAAGAUGAGCGCCGGCACCUACUCAAGGAAAACGCGUUACUGAAAGGCAGUCUUGAGCAGAGGUAUCAACAGCUGUGCAAGUUUCGCGUAGCAGCACGACAGCAUAGGCUGCAGCUGCAGCAACAGCAACAACAGCAACAGCAGCACAAGCAGCAGCACAUGGAGCUGCAGCAACAGCUUGAGGAGAACCAGACCGCACAUGAAAAGCUCCUUAAUGAGCUGCAACAAGAGCUCCAGCGUGAAGCGCAGCGCCGUCACCAGGAGGAGAAGGAAGCUUCAAAAGCAAGCCAAGGUCUCAAGGCUGAGUUGGAGAAGGCCAAUCAUCAAAUGGAAGAACUACAGCAGAGGCUACACGAGCAGCGCGAGACAGGGCAGUUGCAGAAGCAGCUGCAGGAGCAGCAGGAUCAAUGCCUUGCUGAAGCACGGCAGGAGGCGACAGUGGCAGCGGUGGAGCUCGAGGAGCUGCGUGCUAAUCAGUGCCAGCUGGUAGCGAGAGCAGCAGCAGCAGAAGCAGAACAGAAGCGUCAGAGAGAGCUCUUGGACAAGAGACAGAAUGCGCUAGAGCUACUGCAGCAGCAAUUGAUGGAAGAGCAGCAGAGCCACAUGAGAGCUACAGAAACUCUUAAAGAUGAAGCAGCAGCAGCAGCAGCGUGUGCAGAGGAACGGCAGCACCAGCUAUUGCAACAGCUUCAGCAGCAGCGGCACCAACAUGAGCAUCAGCAGAAACAACUGCAGGCUGCACGUGCAGAGACCGCGAAGCAUGAGUCAAGCCUCAGAGCCCUUCGGGAAGCCCAUAUUCAAGUUAGGGAUGAACUCAAGAAGGCUCAAAGUGAAUGCCAAAGAGCUCAGGAAGAGGGAAGGCACGCAGUAGCGAAAUUGCAGCGGCAGCAGCGGGAGUGGCAGCAGCAGCGGGAGGACCUUUGUAUUAGGCUCCGUGGGGAAGUAGAGCACUUGCAUGCAAUUUUGGCAGCUGCCGACGCCCAAGAAACCCCCCUGUAG